AUGCAGUCCUAUAUUCUUGCGCGUGAAACAGGUGAUUUGGGGCCUCAAGACCUUGCCCGCUCCAUCACAUCCGAACUUGUUCGUUCCUUUGCGCCAGCACCGCAGCAUCGCUUCAAUGGAGAGAGAACAGCCAAAACCGAUCCUGCAGGUGUGGGCGAACGUGCGCACAAUAUACGAGCUCACGGUGCAGGCGUAAAUACACUCGCUCUUGAAAAAUUCGACGGUCGUAUCCUUCUGUCGGGUGGUGCCGAGGGAGGCAUCAAGAUAUGGGACCUUGAAGAUGGAGGAAACCCGCACAAGUUGCAUACUUUUCGCCCUAUUAGCAGCAUCGCGAGAUCUACGAGGGAAGAGACAUCACCGGGUCACAGUCAUGGUAUCACACAUGUUGCUUUUUACCCUUUCGACCCGGAUGCAUUUCUCUCAAGUUCCUACGACAAGAAGCUGAAGCUUUGGGCGACUCAGCGUUGCGCUCUAUCGGCUACCUUCGACCUCAAUGCUACAAUAUACUCCCACUCUACCAGCCCAGUAGCAGAUCACUUAAUUGUUGCAUGUGCCACUCAGAACUCGGCAGUACGACUGGUUGAUUUGAAGUCUGGGUCCGCUGUGCAAGCUCUCGUAGCUCAUGGCGGCCCUGUGCUGUCAACCGCAUGGAGUCCACGUCAUGAACACAUUCUCGUCAGUGGUCAUGCGGAUGGAAAAGCUCGUAUAUGGGACAUUCGGCGUGCUGGUGGAGUGGUGGCCCUACUGGAUCAAGAAGAUUCACUUGGAAUUGUUCAUAAGAUGAAGCAUUUGGGGGCGGCAGGCACCGACUCGAGUCAGAUACCUCACUUUCGUGCCUCUGCACAAGCGCAUGACGAUACAAUAAACGGCCUGCAGUGGACGGAUGAUGGUAAGUAUAUCAUUUCAGCUGGCCUUGACCGACGCAUCCGGGUCUGGGACGCUGCUACAGGGGCCAACACUCUUGCCAGUUUUGGUUCACUGAUCCAGAACCAGCAUGCAAAGACGGCAAGCAUACUGGUCUCCCCCUCCAACAUUUCGGCCGGGAACAAUCUUCUCUUCUGGUCAAACGACCAGGAGAUUCUUAUUCUCGAUCUUCAUGAAGGAAACAUAGUGAAACGUCUUCGAAGUCCGGGCGUCACGAACCCCAUAGGACCGAGGGGAAGUACGAUAGGAAGAAACAGAAUCACGAGCAUAGUUUGGCGCGCAUCAGGCGGGACAGGACGUCCGACUGGACCCAUCAUGGGUGGUGGAAACUCUAUCGGGGCUGUAUAUAGUUCCCAUAUGGACGGGCAGAUCCGAGCUUGGGCGCCUCAAGUACCUGGCCCUGAGGAUGUUGACGAGGAAGAAGAGAUCGAAGAAGAGGAGGAAGUGAAACUCAAGAAGAGAAAGGCCGUUGACGAUGCAUACAGGAGUCUCAUGGGUAAGAAGAUCACCUUCACGUAG